AUGCUGAUGCCUUCCGAAAAGGGCCAUGCUCUCGACGAGGAAUUCCUCCCGCUCGACGUCGACAUCUCGUCUACUCUCGGCCACCUCAAGACUCAAGUCCACGACGGGACCGGCUUCCCCAUCACCUCGAUCCAGUUCUUCCUCAACGGAGCCCCCGUAGUCGGCGACGAAAAGACUAUCGACCAGGCAGGAAUAAAGAAUGGGGAGAUGCUCUACAUGCUAGUCCGCGAACAGAACAACAUGCCCCGUCAGCAGACCCGCCCACAGCAAUCCCAGCCACAACAAGGCCGUUUCAGCAAUGACCAGAUCGAGACCCUGCGCCUGCAACUAUUGGGCAACCCCCAGGCCAUGCAACAACUCGCCGCAGCCGCCUCGGACCCUGUCCGCUUUCGCGAACUAUACGUCGACUCUAUCCAGCAGGCCGAGGCCAGGGAGCGUGAGAGACGUGAACAAAUGCAGCUGCUCAACGACGACCCCUUCAACAUUGAGGCCCAGCAGAAGAUUGAGGAGAUCAUCCGUCAAGAUCGUGUCAUGGAGAACCUGGAGUAUGCCUACGAACACAAUCCCGAAGUCAACGGCCACAAGCUCAAGGCGUUUGUCGAUUCAGGUGCCCAGACCACCAUCAUGUCUCCCAGCUGCGCCGAGAACUGCGGUAUUAUGCGAUUGAUUGAUAAGCGCUAUUCUGGUAUUGCCCGUGGCGUUGGCACCGCUCAGAUCCUUGGUCGCGUGCAUUCGGCAGACAUCAAGAUUGGUAACGCUGUCAUGCCAUGCUCCUUUACCGUCAUGGAGGGAAAGGAUGUUGAUCUUCUGCUCGGUCUGGACAUGCUCAAACGCUAUCAAGGUUGUAUUGACCUCCGUCGCAACAAGCUGGUCUUUGAGGACAACGAAGUCGAUUUCUUGCCCGAAUCUGAGCUGCCUAGAUCGUUCGAAGAAGCUUUGCAGAACGAGGAACACAUCAAGGGCCCCAACGGUACCGAGAUUGGCACCAAGACGGGAACUGUGACGCAAGCUGGAUCUUCGUCGCAACAGCCUAACGGCAACUUCCAAGGUCAAGGUCGUUCCGUUGGUGAGCCAUCCACUAGCGGACCUGCAGUACAUCCUACACCUGCAGCCUCCGCCCCUGCCAGAACAGCACCUCCACAAGCUGCUCCAAGCAGCAAGCAUCCUGAAGCGGCCAUUGAGCAACUCAUCGGUCUCGGCUUUUCUAGACAAGAAGCAAUUGCCGCUUUGGAUGCCACCGACGGUAACGUCGAGUAUGCUGCAGGUCUGCUCUUCCAAGGUUAG